AUCCCGUUAACGCGAGUUGCCAGGUAGGAAUUUUUUCAGGCUUUGUUCCAUUUGUUUGCUGUGUGUAUGGGUGUUUUUUUUAGGGGGGGAUUAGUUGUUUUGUACUAUAUAUAAUAUAAUCACAGCUAAGAGAAACAUUAUUCAUAUCUUGCGUUUUUUUGUUUUUUUUUUACUUCAGGAAACUGAAAUUAAAACCUACCUUAAUAGUCAUUGCUUCGUAAGGAAACAAAAGAGAGAAAUAGACGAAAGCAAAAUUGUCUCGCACGAACGUAUACACUUGCUAAUCCCUCCUACACACAACGGUAACGCUUACCUGCGGGCGGGUGGGAAGCGCCGCUCGUAAACCCACGCUCUCGCUUCAUUCAGCCCCGCCUGCGUCCUGCGGUGGGAGUGGUCUCGUGUCUGGGAGAGGAGCGAUUUCUGAGGAAUACGGCAGAGAAGAACGUCGUUGUCUUUCGCGAACAGAAUCGGGAAAAAGAAAAAGGUUUUGAGGGUGUUAAGGAGUUUGUUUGGUCGGCUUGAGGCACUCGAGGAAACGUUGAACUGAUUAUUGUUUAUCGAAACGUGCGCGUGAUACAAGUGUUGUCUGAAAAGUCUUCAGAACGAAUCACACCAAAACAGACUGACGGUGAACAAGGAAUAUAAGUAACUGCUAAUACAUUAAAAAGCGACCUAGAAAAACAAGUGUGUGUGCCAACAGAACUACGGCAACUUACCUGUCAUUUCACAAGUAAGAGAAAUUCAUGUGGUGAUUUACUGAUAUUUUAACGGAGACUGAAUAGAAAUAAUUUGCAGGGAACUUCAACAGAGCAGUAGGAGCAAGAAAACGAAAUUAUCUUUGAACACACUUCUCCAAGAAACACCGGACCAACAUGACUUCAGUCUGGAACCGACGUCUGAAGCUAAUCCUAACGGUAGGCCCACUGAGCUUCGUGCUGCUGGCUGCCCUGGUCACCAUCCAGACGUCGAUGUUGAAGCCAGUAUCCAAGAAUUUCGAUGAAGCGAUAGCAGAGGAAGCUAUUCUGGACUCCAGAGAUCUCCUGAAGAAGGUGACAGACCUGGAAGAAGACAGGCGAGAGUCAAAACAUCUCUUGAAUCUUCUGUUUUGCCGUGUCUUGAAAGUGUUGCCAUCAGGCGGUUUCUGCCUCGACUCCAAUAGACUUUUCACCGGCGGAAAUGAGUUAUGGGACGGGAAGCUGUGCAAGGCGCUGGAGGAGCUGUUCGGGUACUCGAGCGUGGCGGACUUCGGCGCCGGCCUGGGCCACUACGGCCGCUGCUUCCUUCGGCACCGCGAAAACCUCAUCCAGCACGAGAACCGCGUCGAGCAGCUCAGAAUGAAGACGAGCUACAAGUCGGAGAUGCUGAAGGUCGGGCUCCUGGACGCGCCGCAGGUCGUUAAGUCGUGGAAUGGUUGGGACGGCGCGGCCAACAUCGGCGUCCUGAGCAAGGGCCUGAUCGCGCCCCUCGACCUGGCGGCCCCCGUCGACCUGCAGAGGCGCUUCGACUGGGUCAUGAGCCUCGAGGUGGGCGAGCAUAUUCCUGCCGAGGCUGAGGAGGUCUUCUUGGAUAACCUCGUCAAACACGCUUGCAAAGGCGUGGUGCUGUCGUGGGCGGUGCCAGGUCAGGCCGGUUACAACCACGUGAACACGAGGUCAAACGAUCACGUCAAAUCCAAGAUGGCGGACAGAGGCUUAGUGGCCGACGAUGAGGCAGAGAAACGCAUUCGAGAAGCUGUGGAAAUCGGGUGGUUUAAGAAUACUUUCAUGGUUUUCCGGUUCCCAGGAGAGAGGUGUUGAGGACUGGUGGCCAUGGGUGAAUUUAUGGCGAUAUAUUGAACGGUUUCUUGAAUAUAUGUUUCAGAGAAGAAAACGUUAUGUCAUCUAGUUUUAUUUUGUACGACAUUUAUUUGUUGCUGUGAUAUUGUAUAAUUAAUGCGUGUUUUCAGUUGGACAGUACGACUGAAAAAAAACUACAUUUAGUAUGAAUGA